AUGGAAGUUCUUCUCGCUUUGAUGGUGUGUUUUGCGACACCUUCGCUUAUCCAAGGUAAAGUUUUCACUUCAAUAUUUUCGUGAGAUUAUUAUUAUCUUUUUCUAAGGUAGAAAGAAACCAAGGCUAAAACAAAGAAAAUUAAAAAUUAAUACCUUUCUGGGUGAAUUUUUCACUUGAGCUUUUCCCUUUUUUAUUUUCUCUAAUUUAUCUUCGUUUUUUAACAAACCAGUGCUAAAACAUAGUCAUGAAAAUCAAAAAUUAAAAUUAAUUAACAUCUUUAAAAAUAUUUUAGAUAAAUCUCAUGGGAGUUGUUUUGUUCUUAAUGAGCUUCAACAUAAAUGCAAUAAAAUGAUGCCGGAUACUUGAAUCGGAUUGUGGAUUCUAUAAGAAUGCGUGGGCGCACUUUAUUUUCUACCACCGCUUCAGACUGUCACAUGAAAAAAAAAUCCUGCAAGCGAUUGCGUGUAAACAACUUUCUAUAGUUUGAUCUUUCAAUGAUUUAUCACUUGGAAAAUAUACGAUUUCUAUUCUUGUUUAACAGGGUGUGGCAGGAAACCUUUUGGAUCCCGCAUUGUAGGGGGCGAAGUGGCACGUCCUAAUUCCUGGCCGUGGCAGUUAUCCCUUCGAGUAUAUGGAAGCCACAUAUGCGGCGCCUCCCUGCUGAAUCAGCACUGGGCUUUAACUGCCGCACAUUGUGUUGAUCGGAGCAGUGACCCCAAUCGGUACACGCUUGGUUUGGGUAAGUCAAUCAGUUUAAAAUAAAUUUUUUCUUUCUAAUGCAUUUUAAUAGAUUCAUGCAGGCGUGGAUGAAAUUCAUAUGGCUUCAUUACAACUCUUUGACAUACAGACGUUCAUCCAAAGCCCUUUCCCUUCUCUAUUCGUUAUUUUGGUACGGGGAGGCUGCUUACUUUACCACACCCCCUGCCCCCACCUACUUUGAUAAUGGGAUUGGCGCUGCUAAGGACUUAUGACCUGGAGUAUUUUUUUCGAACUCUCUACGAGGACUCGAUUAGCACCGGUGGGCAUUCCACAAAAAGCCGGGCCUCUCGUUUCGGGGUUAUCAAUAUUGAAAGAACAUCCUCAUUAAAAAAAAGAGUUGAUCACAUUAAAUAUCACUUGUAUAUAUAUGACACAGAGGAAACAUAAUAGUAGCGUAUCGAUACCCGUUAUGAGUUAAAAGGCGCUUCUCCUCCCAUACUGAAUCUCAGUUUAAUAAUUGACACAGGUGCUCAUGGAAGAACAAAUGACGGAGAGGUGUACGAGGUGAGCCGUGUAAUCAAACAUCCUCAGUUCAGUAUGCGUCAUCUGCGUCACGAUGUAGCUGUGUUAAAACUGGCGCAACCCGCAAAUCUUAACAAUAAAGUUGGAACCGUCUGUCUACCUAAACAAAAUUCACAUGUUAGUCAAGGACAACGUGCUACGUUACAGGUAAAUUAUAUGACGUGAGAUUGACGCAUUUUUGUUGUAUGGUACACAUAAUCGUAGUACAGCUUAAAAAAGCUAAUAUUUCUUUUCAGUAUACACUCCAAAUCUUAUGUAAUGCUUUUCACGGAGCAUUCAUGAUAAAUCUUUUGCCUUAGUAACAACUAGUAUUUUUCAGAUGCAUUAUUUAUUAGUUUAAAACUGAACCAUUAAAAGAAUUUCGUAUACAUAAACUCCCUAAGUCUCCACGUAUUGGUUGUAGCCCUUUUUUACUGUCCGCUUUUAUUUUUCCCCUGAAAUAUGUUUUUUCGAAUUCCUCGAAAACAAAUUUACUAGGCGGUGGUGGUGAGGUAACCUCAGAAGAUAACGAGAACAUCGGACGCUGUCCUCCAUUAGUAUCUGCAUGUUAUGGUUGUUUAUAUAAUCAUUAACUUAUGCCGUUUUCUUUGGCGCUUGCUUUUAGGAUAGGGACGAAUCAAUCCAAACAACAACGCCCUCUCUCCCUACCUUAAACAAGCUGCGGCUCCAGUGGCCAGUCACAGUGAUUGCCGUCAGAGAAACGGAGGAACAGUGCACGAAAGUUCCAUGGUUUGUGUAGGGGGACAGGGUAGUAGUGUGUGUAACGGUGACAGUGGAGGGCCCUUGUCGUGUAUGGAAGGUGGUAAGUGGGUUGUUCGCGGUGCAGCUUCCUGGGUGACCAGCCGAACAUGUCCUGGACACACUUAUUCCGUGUAUGCUCGCGUCAGCUCAUACGUGAACUGGAUCAACGACUUAAUACAAGGUGAGUUAAAUGAGAGUUUGAGAAUCACUUUUAAGGCAAACAGCAAAUGCCAGUUUGUAUCACGUGAACAGGCUUUCCGUUUACUGGUUGUUUGAGGUUCAAGUCUACAGAAUAACAAUUGUUUUGAUGUCAGUUCCAUCCAUGUGAAUUCUCUUAGCCCGUUUUCAUCUAGUCAUACCUAAUUUGAGAAAUUACCUUAAACUGGUUCUUACUCUCUCUAUUUUCAAUUAAGAUACCAGAACCAUAAACAUAACAUAAGCUCUUGACCACUUGUUAGCCUAUCUUACGUCAGCAUUAAACGACUGCCUCAAACUACUGGAUGAUAACUGAUGUACUUUUACCUUUAAGCGAGAUACGUCUGAAAUGUUUUGCUGAUAAUGUUAAUUUGUAUGAUUUCAUCUUUCUUUAGAUGACUUCAUCCGGUAAAAAUUAGUUGAAUUAGGAGAAAUAUAUUGUUUGAGUAAAAAAGACAUAAAGGGCUUAUUUUUUAUUCGUCUCAUUAGGUGGUAGCGGUGGUGGUGGUGGCGGUGGCGGCGGUGGUGGUAAGUUAUUAUGAUUUAGCUUUAUAAACACAUUCAUUUUCGCAUUCAUACUGUUACGAUUGGAGUAUUCUAAAGUUGCACAGAAUAUUUAUACAAAAUAUACUCUGGAUCAGUGCAGACAUUCUGUAAGCAAAGCGAAUUGUGGGUCAACAAGCAUGUAUCUGAAUAUUCUACGUGUAUAUGAUGAACUGAAUGUUUUUGAGUAAUUUUUUUACAUUGAAAGGGAAAGAACCAUUCAGUUUUUUAUAUUAGUUAAAUUAUUAUUUAUGUUGGUCGUAAACGUGCCGUUUUAAGUAGUAGCUUGUUGCUUAUCAUGCAAAAUUUAAGUACAAAUAAGCAACAUACAUACAAGUGACAUUUCCUAAAACCAACAUACCGAUCAGUUAGUCCAUUUAACUUUCAUUAAUUUGUCCUGUUUAUCAGCUUGCGUGGACAAAAACAGAAAUUGUCAGCGUUGGGCCCAAAGUGGAUAUUGCAAAGGCAGAUAUCAAAAGUUUAUGGAGGCAAACUGCAUGAAAAGCUGUAAAGUGUGCGGCUGAGAGGAGGAGGAGGAAGAAGUCAAAGGGAGUAAAAUCCUUAUGGACCAAUAAAUAAAAUGAAUAUAAGAUCAAAAUUUCCUGCUUGUCUUUGCAUGACUCUCAUUAUAUCAUAAAGGAAAACAACAACGAUUAUUGUCAACUGCAAACGAAAGAAAAUGACCCCUUUAUAAAAUUUUCGUCAUCCUACUCAAACCUCCAACCCUGUAAUACGUUUGGUACUGUAACAUUUACACUCCCUAGACAAGUAUCUUCCCUUCUUUUAAAAUUCCUUGUAUUUUUCCAAUUUUUCCUUCUCUUUUCCUUCCAUAUGGGGUUCCCCAGAGAUCGGUAUGUAUAUUAUAUAACACUGUGACCUUUCCUCUUAUCGAAAAACACUAUGCCAGGCUGACCAUGACGAUGUUGGCCUUUAGCGCCUCCCUUUCUUUCUUGAAGCUUCCUUCCCUCAGGCAUUCAUCAUGAUUAUCACUAUCAUUAUGGUUAAUCAUCCGGCAUCAUCACCAUCAUCAUCAUGCAACUUAGAUGCUGGUGUUCACAUAACGUGUACUCUGAUUGCGCGGUUUCCCGUUCAAUCAAGUCUUUAUUACUAGGUCCGGGAGUGCGAAUCAACCUCUUGACUGAGCGCUAUUGCUUUGUUGUCACCAAGCUAGCCACUAGUCUAGUCAAGAUUUUGGACUAGGAAGCUCAUUUGGGACUUAAAGCAUUUAUGACGACGACGGCAACUAGAGCGUAAAAAGGUUUUAUGAGAAAAACGACUUCCGUGCACGUGUAUGCAUCACACUUAUUGGUACAUUUCUACACCACUACGAUGUUAAAAAUAGCGAUACUCACGCUGACGUCACCUAUCGAUAUUGAAGGCCUCUCAGAAGCGCACUUGUUCUUGAAACAAAAUAUUAUUUUGUUUUACUUGUUACAAAUUUGAAUAACAAAAACAAUGCUGGUAACAGUAAGGUAUCCUGUUGCCUAACUUUAAGGUUGGAGGAGGCCGUAUAUUAUCAUCAUCAUCAUAAGUGAGUUGCAUUGAAACACUUACGUGAUCCACUUAGGGAAUUCACUUCAGUGCGUUAACCACGUGGUUGCACUUACGAUUUUCGUAAGUGUUCAUUAAAGUGUCGUUUAUGCAACAGAAAUUGCGGGUGUUGUAUAAAACUCUUUUUACGGGAAAAAUGACACGUAAAUUCACGGGAACUUUGUAGUUCCCGUAUCCUUACUGUUUUUACUAAAGUUAACGAGACCUUUUACUGAGAAGUGAAAAAAAAAGUAUUCAUCUUCACGUAAUUUAUUCCAAUACGCUUUGUUUACCUCUGAUGUACACUUUAAAGCCGACGUUGAGAAAAAAGAAGAACUAUCAUUUUCAGUAGAUAUUGAAGUAAAAUAACGAUUGCAUGCAAAUUUUAUAAUUUUUUUGAGAGGCUUAAAAGUGUUCGAAACGACUUGACACUUUCCCACACUCACCGAUGGUUAGCUUAAAAAAAAAGAGUGAGUUAUUAAUAAAGUACUAUAUCAAAGUUACGUGUGCCCUUAGGCAAGCCCGUACGCGAGUGCUAAGUGCGUUCCAUGCAACACCCGUAAGUGUACCCAUAACGGAUUCGUCAGUGACCUACUUAAGUGGGCUCUUAACAGCAGGUUUUAUGCAACCGGGCCAAGGUUCACUGUCUUCCGGAUUUCCUCCUUCCAUGAGUAGGAACAUACAUUGCAAAUUCUCUGACAGGUUCUUACCCAGACAAGCGGAGCACAUGGCCAAGGAAACUCAAUUGCCGAAGCCUGACUCUUUCAAUAAGGGGAGCUGUUUCUGUGAGGCUGUAGAUGGUAGCAUUUGGCAUCCUGUCAAUUCGCCUGAUGUUUAACAGAAUUCUAUAGUAGGACGUGCCAAAAGAAUUUAUUUUGUUCUCCAUGUCCUUGGAGAUGACUUAUGACUCGCUGCCAUACAGAAAUACUGUGACAUUGGCUGUGUCGAAAAGCUUCACCUUAUUGGAGAUAAGUCAUGAGAUAUGGCUUUUCCAAAGAUGCUCUAAUUUCCAAAAUGAUGUCCAGGCAAGAGCUUUAAAAUUUUAUAAUUUGCGAAUCAAUGAACGUGCAAUACAAAACAGCACCAAAUACACGAGAGAAGGAGCUAUCCACUGAGCCCUAACAUUUCUUACCGUGCAAGUCUACAGCUGGAGAAAUUCAAUCUGAUUCGUUUCAAUGUAAUCCAAAAACAGAAAAGAUCUAACGCAAACGGGAAAGUAGGUUAAUCGUAACGGGUUGUUAACUACUUGCUGCCAGUUCACCAUUUACGAAACGAUUUCCUUGGCAGUCCGACUUGGAUUGAGCUACGCGGGCUAUAGGUUCCUAUUAAUUUUUUGGAGUGGAAUUAGUUCAAGAUCAUUGAUCAUAAAGCAAAGGGUAGAAAAUUAAUAUUAAAGGAACUAAAAUUUAGAAGGAGAGUUUCUCGAAAUAAUAAAAUUGCGAAACUAACCUUCCUUUCGGUGCUUGAAGUAAAUACUUGAAACCGGGAAGGGUUUAGCCUUUAUUUUCAGGUUCAUUUACCUGGAGAGGAAUUUUUCUAGUCGAACACUAAAGGUUUCACUGCUGAAACCUUUUACCUUUGAUGCACCUGCAUUAAAGAGAAUUAAAGUAUGAGAAACGUUCGUCUUGCAGCCCGGCCGUACUGUUGAGUUCCCUAGAACCAUGUUGCAUUAAUCCUUACCUUUCACAAGACCUUAAGACUAGAGUUUGUAUUUGGUUAGAUAGCAGUUAUUUAGAUAAUUUCUCAUAUAAUGUAUCCAUAGUCUUAGUUGGUUGAAUAUUUUAGGCCGUUGUAAGAAAAAUGUUUUUAUACAUUCUUAAUCUCGAAGUUACAUAUUUUACUAGGUAAUUUCAAGGAAUGUGUUGUAAAUAAUCUUGUAUUUUAGUUUAUUUUAAUUCGUGACCCCAAUUAGUGCCUAUGGCGUUAGAACGACCAGACAAAAUAACAAAGGGCUAUGUAUGUAUGUAUGUAAUAUUAGAACAAGAACCUGAUUUACAAACAAGGAAAAAGAACUUAAAGAACCCGCAAAUUUCACAACUAAUUAUAUAAAAACCCUUAAAAAUCAUUGAACCUAUACUAUCUUGGAAAGAUACGUGGGUUUCAUAGUACCAUGAGGUGUUUACUGUAUAUCAAAAGUCUUGCAAUGAACGGCUGUCUUUAAUAUUUGCAAAACGUCGAAGAACGAUUCAUUCUAGUUUGGAUUCGGAUCUCCAGUUAUUUAAACUGUUCCUGCAUCUUAUAAAAGAAUUAAGCAAAGUUGUUUUUCAACCCAUUUUAUAAACAAAUCACGUAUAGACUGAGUAAUUUUGUGAUCGAGGGAAAUCUUUUAAAUUGUAUAAACAAAAGCAUUUUAGCCAAAAGGCAAACCUUCAGGUGUUUCAACUGGAAGUGCAAACAUAUCAUUUUUUACUCAGUUUUGUCACAAUCACUUCAGUUUUCUAAAUUCCUUUCUAAAUGAGUCUUAUAGAAAACUGCGCCAUAUCAAAAACUUAGUAUGGAUACAGGUGAUCUCGAAUUUACGCAAAUGGAAAGCUUAAACACAGCUUUAUAAACGCAUUCAUUUCCGCAUUUAAACUGUUAUGAUUGGAGUAUUCUGGAGUUGCACAGAAUAUUUAUACAAAAUAUACUUUGGAUCAGUGCAGACAUUCUGUAAGCAAAGCGAAUUGUGGGUNUGCAAACAUAUCAUUUUUUACUCAGUUUUGUCACAAUCACUUCAGUUUUCUAAAUUCCUUUCUAAAUGAGUCUUAUAGAAAACUGCGCCAUAUCAAAAACUUAGUAUGGAUACAGGUGAUCUCGAAUUUACGCAAAUGGAAAGCUUAAACACAGCUUUAUAAACGCAUUCAUUUCCGCAUUUAAACUGUUAUGAUUGGAGUAUUCUGGAGUUGCACAGAAUAUUUAUACAAAAUAUACUUUGGAUCAGUGCAGACAUUCUGUAAGCAAAGCGAAUUGUGGGUCAACAAGCAUGAUGUAUCUGAAAACUUUUCGUGUAUAUGAUGAACUUAAUGUUUUUGAGAAUUUUUUUGCAUUGAAAAGAAAAUGAUUGAUGAUUGAGCUACGCGAGCUAGGUUCCUAUUAAUUUUUUGCAGUGGAAUGAGACUGUUCAAGGUCAUUAAUCAUAAAGCAAAGCGUAGAAAAUUAAUAUUAAAGCAAUUAAAAUUUAGAUGGAGGGUUUCUCGAAAUAAUAAAAUUGCGAAACUAACCUUCCUUCCGGUGCUUAAAGCAAGUACAUGAAACCGGCGAGGGUUUAGACAUUUUUCUAGUCGAACACUAAAGGUUUGCUGAAACCUUUUACCUUUGGUGCACCUGCAUUAAAGAGAAUUAAAGUAUGAGAAACGUUCGUCUUGCAGCCCGGCCGUACUGUGAGUUCCCUAGAACCGUGUUGCAUUAAUCCUUACCUUUCACAAGAACUUAAGGCUAGCGUUUGUAUUUGGUUAGAUAGCAGUUAUUUAGAUAAUUUCUCAUAUAAUGUAUCUAUAGUCUUGGUUGGUAGAAUAUUUUAGGCCGUUGUAAGAAAAAUGUUUUUAUACAUUCUUAAUCUCGAAGUUGCAUAUUUUACUAGGUAAUUUCAAGAAAUGUGUUGUAAAUAAUCUUGUAUUUUAGUUUAUUUUAAUUCGUGACCCCAAUUAGUGCCUAUGGCGUUAGAACGACCAGACAAAAUAACAAAGGGCUAUGUAUGUAUGUAAUAUUAGAACAAGAACCUGAUUUACAAACAAGGAAAAAGAACUUAAAGAACCCGCAAAUUUCACACAUAAUUAUAUCAAAACCCUUAAAAAUCAUUGAACCUAUACUAUCUUGGAAAGAUACGUGGAUUUCAUAGUACCAUGAGGUGUUUACUGUAUAUCAAAAGUCUUGCAAUGAACGGCUGUCUUUAAUAUUUGCAGAACGUCGAAGAACGAUUCAUUCUAGUUUGGAUUCGGAUCUCCAGCUAUUUAAACUGUUCCUGCAUCUUAUAAAAGAAUUAAGCAAAAUUGUUUUUCAACCUAUUUUAUAAACAAAUCACGUAUAGACAGUAAUUUUGUGAUCGAGGGAAAACUUUUAAAUUGUAUAAACAAGAGCAUUUUAGCCAAAAGGAAAACCUUCAGGUGUUUCAACUGGAAGUGCAAACAUAUCAUUUUUUACUCAGUUUUGUCACAAUCACUUCAGUUUUCUAAAUUCCUUUCUAAAUGAGUCUUAUAGAAAACUGCGCCAUAUCAAAAACUUAGUAUGGAUACAGGUGAUCUCGAAUUUACCCAAAUGGAAAGCUUAAACACAGCUAGAUAACUUACGUCUGGUUAUAAACAAGUACCUUUUGCGCGCAUUCGAUGAAAAUCAUCACCAACCAAGAUGGAAUUUUUUCUCCCUUUGCUGGUGUGUUUUGUGUCAUCUUCGCUCAUCCACGGUAAAGUUUUCACUUGAAUUUCUUGUCUUUCUUCCAUUGAGAUUAUUGCUAUUGUCUUUUUCUCAUGUAGAAAGAAACCAAGGCUAAAACAUUGUAACGAAAGUCGUAACCUUUUAUGGGUGUGUGCGUUUGCUCUUUCUUCCUUGAAUGAGACUAUCAUCUUCGUUUUUAGGUAGAAAAAAGAGAGGCUAAAACAUUGUGAUGAAAAUCAAAAAUUUAAUACCUCCAUAGGUAUUUUUACAACAGAUAGAAUUAAUUUUUUACCGCUCCUGACUGUUACAUGAAAAAUAUCUUGUAAAUGAUUAAGUUUAAGAGUGAAUCUCCACUAUCGCGUAAUUACUACGUGCGUGUACACACAUUGCGUAAAUAGGAUAGAGAUAAGGUAUGAGGUGUUGCGCUUAAACGUGAAAUUGAUCUUUCGUGCAAUGCCUCUUUUUUAAAAAACGCGAACAGUAAACGUCAAUUCUACGCACGAACGCACGAGUCGCGUAAUUUUAACGUGCGUACUCAGCAUCAAAUGACAGCAUCAAACGAUCCAUUGGAAGAUAAAAAAUGCACUUUUCUCUUUACGCGAGACGCCUGAAAUAUUUUCUGAGUUGAUAUGUACGAUUUCAUCUUUCUUUAGAUAACUUCAUCCAAUAAAGAUUAGUUGGAUUAAGAAAAAAAUAUACUAUUUACUAGAAAAGAACACAAAAACCCUUAUUUUUGAUUCGUGUCUUCAGGUGAUUGUGAUGGCCGUAGUAGAGGUAAUUGAUUGGCUUAUUUUUACUGUUGUUAUUUGUUAUUUAAAUAGUUCAAGUUACAAUAAAAGCGUUAACAAAUAAAAAUAUCCUCAAAUAACUCAUGUUAUAUGAGAGUUUUAUAGGGGAUGGGGUAGUAGAUAUAUGGUUCCAUCUCAGUCCGGCCAAAUAUGAGCUGAUUUACUUCCGGUCAUUGCUGUGUCAUAUUAUUCCUUCCAAUAGAGGGUGUUCCCAAUAAUGGCCUAAAAAAGAAAGGUUCCGCACAAAUUACAGCACUUUUUCAGGCUUUCAAUACAUAAAAAGGGUAGGGCUUUCUUGAGUUACAGUACAUAUACAUGGAAAUUUUUAAUUAAGGUAUUAAAAAAGGCCUUUAACUAAAAUAUAUUGAAUCGAAGCACUUAACGGCUAUAUGAAUUUUAAAAUUUGUUAAUCGCUGCAAAAGAAAACAUGAUAUUAGUAGGUAUGUGAAAGGAGCAUCAUCUUUUUAAAUGGAGGGUUAACCUUUUCUGGCUGAAAUUGGUAUAUACAGCUAUUUCAAAAAACGUUGUCGGAAGAAAAGAAAAAAGGCUUAAAGCCAAGACCGCAAGGUAAUGUGGGUUGUUUCAAAUCCGUCUUUUGCUGGCACUAUCACUCCACUAAACUGGUCGCUGAUUCAUUUGAACCAUACUUAUCAUUUUAGUUUUUAAAAAAGCACAAAGUAACAUUACGUAUUAGUCGAAGUACACUCUUGCUUAUUCCCAUUUUUGAAAGCAAUUUUCAGUCAGCUAAUUAGCAAGGAAAAAUGACAUUAAAUUUUACAUUUUAUCAAUUUGCAUGACGUAGUAACGAAGUCGGCGAAAAAAAGCAUUAUAAAAAAACUUUUUUCCGAAUAAUGGGUCCUACUCAAGAAUUAAUUAAAGCUCGCCAAAGUCUACUGCAGCUCAUAUUUUGCACUACACCAGCAUGUGAGAAUGUAUGGACAACGAAAUCGCCUUUAUUCCACCUCGUUCAUUUUUUUAAAUGAUAGCGAUUCCUCUGGAAAUGAAUUCUAAAGGCUAGUUUUAAGUUAAAAAAAAAAAAAGAAAAGAAAUUUGUGGUCCGCUGUUCACUUCCCCUAUGAAACACGAGACAUUUCAAGCCGUAGUCGGGCAACAACGGCCACGGACAAAAAAGGAUACACGUGCAAAUUAAGUUGUUGUUUUGUUAAUUUAAACCUAUAUGUUGUUAAUUCACGGUCUCUUUUGUCGCCAUUGUAUUUGCUUAAGCUCCCUACUGUUUCAAGGCCCUCCAACCACCUCUGUUUGAAGAGUUGUCCAACGUUUGGUACUCUCACUUACAGAACGACGUUCCAUACUUUGCUCAGCGGGGACAUACUUGAGUGGCCGCAAAACUCCUAUGGGACCUGAAGCAGGUCAUUAUAAAAAUCCCGUAUCACCUUUCGGUCUUUGCUUAGAGGCUUUUUGCUUUUCUUCCGACAACGUUUUUUGAAAUAGCUGUAAAAGUGUAGGAAACCUCCCCGUAUAACACAUUGCUGAAUAGCCCCGGGCCUACUGGCCAUGGAAUCAUCGCGCAGCACCCUAUUUGCUUCGAUCAUGGUAGCCAAAUUUGUCGGUAACGAAAUGUACAACUUGCGAAAUAUUAUAUAAGCAUUGCAUUUUGAUUAUUUAUUUUCCUGCGAGUUAGAUACUGUUCUUUUUACAUAUGAUCCAAAGCCAGUGGCUUGUUUUUGCUGAAUGCUUAAUAAGUAAACGUGAAAUGUGUUUCAGUAGUAAAUGAGCUGCUAUUUGUAACUAGUGACUAUGAUAAAAUCUUAAAGAAACAGUGCCCCUUUGACUUAUAGCUCCGCACUGGGUUGAAGUAAAAUUUUGAGGUCGAUUUUGAAAUGGUUGCAUAGAUGUCUUCACUGAUAUACAUAUAUACAGUAAAUCGUGUUUAUAAAACCAGACAACUCACUAUAGACCUAACCAUAAUUUAUUCCAGCUUGUAAAGACUUAACGGAAAGGUGCCCUUACUGGAAAAGCAAGGGGUACUGUGAAAAAGAUUUUGUAGCGUGCAUGAAAAGAAAUUGCAAAAGAACCUGUAAUUUUUGCGGUGGCGGCGGAGGUGGAGGAGGAGGAGAAGGCAGCUGUCAGCUAAUAUGAAUCAGCUUAAUUUAUAAACAUAUUCAUUUCGUAAUAUUUAUAAUGUUAUGAUAUCAAGCAUGUUGCAACUGCACUGGGUGCAGGAUUAGACAUCCCGGUAAAGCGAAUUUCAGGUCAACAAAAAUCUGAAAUUUCUACGUGUAUAUGGUGAACAUAGCUUUGAGUAAUUUUUACACUGAGAAGAAAAGAACCCAGCAUAACCCAAUUUCCUUUCCUUUGGUUUCGUUACGUUAUUCAGUUGUGUUCGUUGUAAACGUGUCAGUGUGUUAAAGAGUAGCUUGUUGCCUAUCGUGCAGCAUUGAAGUCCAAAUAAGCGAUACACAUACAAGUUACAUUUCCUAAAACCGAAAUAUCGAUCAGUUGGUCCAUUUAACUUUCAUUAAUUUGUCCUGUUUAUCAGCUUGCAUGGACAAAAACAAAAAUUGUCCGGCUUGGGCUCGACGUGGAUAUUGCAAAGGGAGAUAUGAACAGUAUAUGAAGAAAAACUGCAUGAAAAGCUGUAAUCACUGCGGAGGAGGAGGAGGCGACGGUAAUGGUGGAUCAGGAAAAUGUGGUUAUAAACCGAGUGCAAGAAUUGUGGGUGGAGUAGAGGCUCCUAAAGGAGCUUGGCCGUGGCAAGCACAAGUCAGAACUUCUUCAGGGUUUACAUUCUGUGGAGGAACAUUGGUCCAUCCUCAGUGGGUUGUAACUGCAGCCCAUUGUGUAUAUGGAAAGUCUUCCUCACAAAUUAGAGUAAGGUAUGAUGUGGUUUAAACGUUACAAUUAUUUAACAUAUCAACACACAACAGAGUUGGGCUCCAAUUUAAGUGUGUCCUUACAGAUAACCCGUCCAUCCCAGGAAAGGUUGGUCACACCACCUGGGUCUACGUCCCCUACCCUUUUCGAACAGUAGUGUGGGUUCUUUUGCGUCCCACGAGAAGUGCUGUGAGCCGGGACCUACGAUUUUCGUCCUUAUCCGAGAAGACUAGAAAGUCACUAACCGUUUGCAGAUGUCAUUGGAAAGGCAGCACUUCUCCUCAGUCAUUAUAAGACCCUGAGUGUUGGUCAGGCCUGGGUUUGAACCCGCGACCUCCCGCUUAGGCAUUACUAGGCAUUGGUUGAUAAUCCCCGUAAGAGGAGUUAAAAAUGCACUUUAUUUGAGCGUCACGAAAGUACUAAUUGAAGACAGUAUUUUUUAUUUCUCUACUGGAGACGAGACCACCAUUUUACGUGGUCAUCGGAACCACGCGAAGGUCUAGCCGUUUUCAGGGCAAAGGAAGUACCUUCAUUUCUCAUUUUAAAAUAAGACCCUGAGUCUUUGUAGAUUAAGGGUUGCGUAGUGGUCAACUCAUUUCUUGCCUCCAACCAAUGUUCCCCGGAGUCAAUUCUUAGGGAUAUAGGUUUAUGGUUUUUGGUACUCGUCCUUAAUUCCACUAUUUUCAAUUCUAACCCUGUCAUAUACCUGUUAUUUUCCGAGUUUCGGUUACUGUACACCCUUUUCCUAAAUACUCAACUACUUUCUAGCUAUUGCUAAUAACCUUUUCCUCCCGCCGAAUAUCAGGGAAAACAAGCCUCUACUAACAGGGAAGCUACGCUUCUCAUCAUCCUUUGGUUAAAGAAUUUGAAACAAAUUACUAAGAGGUACAUAACAAGUUUUUCCAUGUGAUUUUUUUUAUUAUUUCAAAGAAUGGGUGCUCACUAUCGUUCAAGUUCAACUGGAAAUGAGCAAGAUUUUGCAGUUGAAAGAAUCAUCAAUCACGAAAAUUACAAGAGGCCCAGAGGACUGGCUCACGACAUCGCUAUGCUGAAACUGAAUAAACCCGCUCAAAUAAAGGAAAACGUUGGACUGGCUUGUUUGCCUGCCUACAGCCAAGAUGUGACAGAAAUCGAUAAUAAGGCUUGCUGGGUCACAGGUAUAACAAGAACGCUCUUAAAAGCUUUCCAACUCUCGCUUGCUUGGAGAUUAGAUAAGAAAUGAGGAGGCGACUAAUUCUACACGAAACAGUAUUUACUCCCUAAAGGUUUUUCACUUCCUACUUUAUCGACGGUCGAGUAUUCUUCAGGAUAUUUACCUUUUAUAUUGUAUUCGACGAUUUGUUUCUGAAUUGAUUUAGUACGCGUGUUAGCGACGACCGGAAAUACGUUUGCAGUUGCAGGCUGUACGCGUGUAUAAAAACACGAAAAUUCGUGAAGCACAUGACGCGUCCUUUUAAUCAUCGCCGAAAGUAAACCACACACCGCAAGACUCAUUUGCAUACAAUAAAAGACCAGUGAGCCUCACCAUCAAGAUUUAAUUUUUUUUUCGACCACCGAAGUGUUCACUUGUUCCAAAGUAAUCAAGUUUCGGGCGAUUGAAUCCGUGGACCAUCCCUUUCCGGAAAAGCUCUAAAUCGCAUUAAUCUUUCCUAAGCUUUCUUCACAAAAAUACGUGGCUUCGGUCACGCAACGAUUCGGCUUAUUCUAGUUUCCACGUUCUCUGCUAGGAACGCCUGGGACCAUAAUUCCCAUUGGUGUACUAAAUAAGAACUAAGAAAAAAGCGGCUUGCAGAUUUUGAGUUUAAAAGUAACUUAACUUCCGUUUAAAUAUUCAUAGCAGUAGCGGAUUGAGAUCUGCAAGUAGGGGAGGGCCGGGGAAGCGUUCAUCUAUGCCCAUUGGUUAGAUCGAGGGAGGAAGGGCAUUGACAAUAAAGUUUCUCGUACGGUUCUUUUAGACUUCAUUUUGGUCUAAAAAUUAAGUGGGGAACUAGGCCUCUGGGACGGGUUCCUCCCUAAGGUUCACCAGUGGCAUACAUGAAGUAGCUCGUGAACCCACAUGCAAAGAUGGGAAGCCCACGUUUGAAUUGAGGCUUAGUGCAAUGUGUAAAAGCUUGCUUUCAUAUUCUGAAUGCAAAGUUAUAAAGGCAGACGCCCCCUGAUUUUGAUUUUGUUGUUGUUGUUGUUGUCAAUGUUGUUUUGUUUUAGUUUAUUGCAUGUUAUCUAGCCUGUGUACAAACUGCCUCUCUCCCAAAAAAUCGAUUUUUUAGGGGAGGGGGCGUCUGUACACAGGCUACAUGUUAUUGCAUUCUAUGCCCUGAAACAAACAGUCAGUAAGACCCCUGGUUGUAAAAACCCCUUGUUAGCCUAAUUUCAACCACCUCUGAUUAAUAAUAGAAAAAUUUGACAAAUAAAAUACGACAAUCGCAAUCAUUGCUCACUAUAUUCACACUGUUGGCGUAACAUGUUUAUUAUCAUCGUCUUUAUUAUGGCGUUAUCGUUAACGUUAUUAUUAACAUUGAGACUGUCACCAGUGGUUAGGUGAUACUGAUGCUACAAGUCCCUUCUCUGAGUGUUCUCCCUUUUUUUCUGUUCAUAAUUUCCAGGAUUUGGAACACUUUCUUCAGGAGGAUCGCUGUCAAAUAAGCUCAUGCAAGUGUCUGUUCCGAUCGUCUCUGAAGCCAAGUGCAAAAGCGCCUAUGGCUCCAGCAUCCACACUUCCAUGGUCUGUGCUGGACUCGAUAGGGGUGGUAAAGACUCCUGUCAGGGAGAUUCUGGAGGACCUAUGGUUUGCGAACAAAGUGGCAAGUUCUUCCUUGAAGGCGUGGUUUCGUGGGGUAGCGGUUGUGCUUCCCCUGGGAAAUAUGGUGUCUACGCCAGAGUCCGCUACUUAAAAAAUUGGAUUGAUGGAAAAAUAAGCCGAUUUUAG